GCCGCAUACUGCAGGCUGGAUAAUUGGCUUUUAGUUCAGUGGUUGGGGAAGGCUUGGACUGUAUCACCUCCUCGAGUAGGUCACCAAGUGAAGUUUCGAAGAUGUCGGGACUUUCUCCUGUCGGACUGUUCACAGUCGUUUUCGUGAUAAGCCUCGUCUUAGUCGUGGGCGGAUUCGAAGGGCACAAUGGCGGCGACAAUGGAGGAGACUUCAAGAAAGUACAUCAUGCGAACGGCCCAGUCAAGAGAAAACCAAAACCUGUGCACCUGUUAAAAUGUGUCCAAUGUCAAGGAGAGUCGUUUGAAGAAUGUUCCAAAAGCGAAGUCUCAAAACCCUGUCCACCAGGUUCAAGCGCGCGGGCAUGUAUAGUAAAGAUACAGCAAACAAAUGCAAAGAUGAAAAUCGAGAAGCAGUGCACAAUGAAAAAGGCAUGUGAUCGCCGUAUCUCUAAACGACCAAAAGCAUGCGUGCAUGGUAACAUCACAGGGGACGAGCGUUGUAAUUUCUGCUGCGAGACUGACGACUGCAAUAAAGGCUGGCCGAAACCACAAUUCGACCAGCACUGCACUAACUGGACUGCAUGGGGCGAGUGCAAUGCCCACUGCGGGCCGGGAAAGCAAGCAAGGAACAUGACCUGCCGUAUGGAGAUCGUGGGUUACAACCUUUGGCACGAGAACACCAUUGGCAGCGCGCUGCCGUCAAAAGAGUCGGAGAAGACCACGAACGAAAGCGCUGUCUCCUUCCUCCCUAAACUCCCAGCAAAUGUGACGGAACCAAAGGUCAAAUGGCAACACCGGCCCUGCCAAAUCAGGCCAUGCAAAACUGGUGAAAUACCAGUAGUGAAGCCAAUGCCUCCCUUCAACAGAGGUUCAGAGGGUCUGCAAAGUUCAGUGCUCUUCCUGACGCUAUGGUUCACGCUAGCGUGGUAUCUUUAAGUAUGUGAGAAGAAUACCGAUGUUGUGGCUCAUGAUAGCUUGGUAGCUUUUAGCAUGUAAAAAGAAUAUUGGCUGGAAUAAAGGAUUCUCGCA